AAAAUACGGGUACUUCCGUUGGCUGAAACGAAAUGGCUGCCUUCCACUGCAGAGCAUAUUUUGCGCGCUUCGUAGCAUUUUAUUGAUAUGCUGUCGUGUGUUUACAGAUAUAGCCUAAUUUGUUUCGAAUAAGGAGCAAACAUGUUUAAAAAAGCAAAGAGAUCAAAUUUAAGACGGAGGAAUGAGUCGGACGAGGACGAGAAAGAGGAAAGUCAGACAGCACAGCCGCCAUGCGGGCCUUUCGCCGAGGAUAUCCCGAUGCUCGAUGCCCCCAGCACAGACACCUUCUCCGGGGUUAGCAUGGACGUGCUCCACGGCAACGGGUUUCAGUCAAAGGCCAUAAAGAAGGAAAAGAAAACCCGGGAUGCAGGGGGUGCCCCGAAAGCCAGUUUGCUGAGCUUUGACGACGAUGAAGACGAGGCAGAGGUGUUCAGAGUAAAGAAAUCUAACCACAGCAAGAAGAUCGUCAAGCAGCUGAAGAAAGAAUACAAGGAAGAUCUGGAGAAGGUGUGCUAUGUUAAACAAGAGCCCAACACCGACGUGUGGUCCCAGCCCCUGGCCUCCAUUAAGGAGGAGCCUGCCAGCCGGGCAGGCAGUGAACAGGGAGAGGAAGAGAUGGAAGUGGACAGUACUGACGAACAGGAGCCUAAGACACACAGCCAGAGCCUCGCCUCCAAGACUCCCACUACAACUGCAUCAGGAGCCUUCUCAAACACCAGCACCUUGUCCACGCUCAGCAACCUACGUCCAGGUGAGAUCCCGGACGCGGCCUUCAUCCACGCGGCAAGGAAGCGUCGUCAGAUGGCGAGGGAGCUAGGCGGCGACGCCCCCCUGGUGGAGACGGACACGCCCAAGAAGCGUCUUGUCCGAGAGGAGGAAGAGGAGGGAGACGGGAGCGACGAUGAAGACGAAGAUGAGAAGAGGAUCAGCUUCAGUGGAGUCAAGAACAAGAGCCAGAGGACCAGGAUAGCAGAAGAGAUAGGUAUAGAGGGUAGUGAUGACGAGGCGUUGGAUACAGGAGGUCAGGAUGAGGAGGUAUCACGCUGGGAACAGGAGCAGAUACGCAAAGGGAUCAGCAUCCCCCAGGUCCAGUCCUGCCAGCCAGAGGACAAUGUGUACUACCAGAGCAGCAGCUACAACCCCCAGCAGCCCUACAGCUCUACCUACGGCCUGCCCUACUCCUACAGCAGCAAGCCUGAGGGUUGCACACUGGUCUACAGUGCCCCUGGUGGUGACCUCUCACCUGUCACUACUGACCUGGUCAAGACACGCCUCAGAGACAGGCUGAGCCAGAUGCGUGUGGGCCAUGAUGCUAAUGCUAAGCGCUACGAUCAGAUCCAGGAAGAACUCGAGGCAGCUCAGAACGCCAUUCGCCGGCUCGAGGGUUCAUCCAAUGACGACGCAGAACAGUAUAAAUUCUUGCAAGAGAUGCGAGGGUAUGUUCGAGACUUGCUUGAGUGUUUCGGUGAAAAGGUUCCCACCGUGGCGGAGCUGGAGGGCAACAUGCACCAGUUACUAAGGCAACGGGCCUGUCGGCUGGUCCAGCGGCGCCAGGAUGAUAUUAAAGAUGAAUCGGCGGAGUUUGCAAGCCUUUCAAGUAAGGCUGUGAUGGCUCCUAACCUCAUGUCUCUUGACUCGUUUGGGAGAGACAGGACAGUCUAUCAGGAGCACGCCAGACAGAGAAGGAUCGCUGAACGAGAAGCCAGACGAACGCGGCGGCGGCAGGCGCGGGAGCAGAACGGGAAGAGGGCAGAGCAUCUAGAGGGGCUUUCCUCCGACGAUGAGGAGACGUCGACUGACCUCACAUCGUACUGUCUGGAGAGAGGUCGUAUAGUGUGUGAGAGUAAGAAGGUGUUUGAGGACGUGCUGGAGGACUUCCAUUCUCUGGACAGUAUCAAGAGUCGUUUUGAGGUGUGGAGACAUCUCUACUUCACCUGCUACAGAGACGCUUACAUAGGACUGUGUCUGCCCAAAUUAUUCAACCCCUUAGUACGACUACAGCUCAUCACGUGGAACCCUCUACAGGAGAAGUGUGCUAACUUCGAGUACAUGUUGUGGUUUGAGUCGCUGUUGUUCUACGGCUGUGAGGAGCAGAGUGGGAUGAAGAAGGGAGACGUGGACAUCAACUUACUGCCGGCUAUAGUGGAGAGAGUUAUACUGCCAAAACUAGCAGUGCUUGCUGAGCAGGUGUGGGAUCCUCUGUCCAGCAGUCAGACAACCAGACUAGUGAGCUUCGUGACCAGACUCCUCAGAGGAUAUCCUACUGUUCUGAAUGGAGACAACAGGAACACACAGGAGUUUCUGAAGACCAUCGUUUUGAGGACCAGAAGGACUCUAGAUGAUGACGUGUUCUUACCUCUUUACCCCAAGAAUGUGUUGGAGAAUAAGAAUGGUGGUCCGUACCUCUUCUUCCAGAGACAGUUCUGGUCCUGUGUCAAGUUGCUAGGUAACAUCCUCCAGUGGAGUGGUGUAUUGUCUGUUUCCACGGUGAGAGAGUUGGCUCUGGACUCCACCCUGAACAGAUACAUCCUGUCAGCCCUACAGAACGCUGAGGCUGGGGCAGACAGCGUACUGAAGAGUCAGAGGGUGGUGGAGUGUUUCCCAGCCCAGUGGUUUGUAGGGUUGAAAGGUCAGCAGACGCUGCCUCAGCUGGAGCCCUUCUGUCGUUACCUCACCCACCUGGCCUCUGCUCUGCUGAGAGGUUCUCUGGGGGGGUCCGACGUCGACAAGAGGAACGCCAAGGAGCAAAUCAAGGAGGUGGUGAAGCUGUUGGCUCGUCUCAACGCUCUGGAUCACCUCAUCACCGUGGCAACGGAACACGGCAUCAAGGACAUCGCACCUCUACUGGACUCCAAGUGACGUCACCGCACCGCUGUGUGUGUGUGUGUGUGAGGUCAUCUGAACCCUGUUGUUGGGUCAAACUGCAAGGGUUAUCAUAAUGGACGUUAGUGUGUGUGUGUGUGUGUGUGUGUGAGAGCUGGAGGAGUGUGUGUGUGUAUAUAUUGUGAAUAUUGUACAUGUGUGAGAAUGUGUCGGGAGGACUAGGAGACCUAAGAGCAGGUCUGUUGGAUCACAGAUCAUCACACACUUCCUCAUCUGGAACUGCUCUACGGAGGAAUACUGGGAGAUGUAGUUUCUCUCGACAGUCCUCAGACUGGGAGUAUUGCUACUUUCUACGGCAGAACUGAUUUAAACAUGAACCACCAUCUUCCCUCGCCACCUGAGCUGAAACCUAACAUGGGGUUUUGUCUCAUAGCAUGAUCCCCUCUCUCUCCCGUCCUCUUCAUGACGAUCGGAUAAAUCCGCACCAAGAAGAAGACUUUAUUGUCCGAUGUAGACGAAUGUCCAACGGAAACUUGUCUUUUUUAUUUAAACUGUCAGAUGUCCUCUCACCUGCUCUCUCUCUCGUGUUUCACCCUGUGCCAUGACUUCUCUGCUUAGCUGAUCCUAGAUCAGCUUAUUGGUUGUCGCCCUAAUUUAAAAGGGUUGAAUGUAACUGAUCAUAGAUCAGUAUCUAGACUCUACUUCAUUCUGUUGACGUAGUCUCUCACACAAACCGUUCUCCAUCACGACCCUCUGAUUGGAUGAGGAUGUAGAGGGGGGGGCUUUAUAUUUUAAUUUAGCAGAUUUUUGUGUUAAUGUUUUGAUUUGAAUUGAAUAAAAAGUAGCUGUGGAA